AUGUUAAAACCUGACAAAGAUGCACCGACCCAUAUACCAGAAAAGCCAAUUGAUUUGGACAGCGUCCUUGUUAAUGAAUUGGGGCAAUUUGGUAGAUUUCAGCUCAAAAAUAUACUUCUCGUAUCAUUACCUAUUCUUAUGUCUGGAUUUAUGAGUGAAUAUAUAUUUUCGGCUGCUGCUAUACCUCACAGAUGUCAAAUUACCGAAUGCGGAGAGAAUAGUAGCAAUGUUGAGUUCGAACCCGAAUGGAUAUCGAAUGCGGUGCCCGAAACCAGUUCAGGGUGGUCGAGCUGCGAGCGGUUCGCCCCCACAGGGUUCAACGGCACUCUCGAAUACUGCCCCAGUGAAGCGUUUAAUAGAGAUGUAGUCGUCGCUUGUGAUAGCUUCGUCUACGAAAGGGAUAACUCCGUUGUCUAUGAUUUCGACUUAGGCUGCCAGGAGUGGAUGCGCGCGUUGGCUGGGACUCUCAGCAGCGUUGGUACACUCCUCGUGCUGCCAAUCACUGGGUACUUCUCCGAUCGCUAUGGCCGUCGCCUGGCGCUCGUCGUCAGCGUCUUCAACAUGGCACUCUUCGGUCUCAUUAGGGCCUUCUCUGUUAACUACGUCAUGUAUUUAGUGCUUCAGCUGUUGCAGACAACGUUAGGAGCUGGCACGUUCAGUUCUGCGUACAUUUUUGGUGCUGAAUUGGUCGGACCGAAGUAUCGAGUACUUAUCGGUGCAUUCACAACGUCAAUGUUCGCUGUUGGUCUGAUGGUGAUCGGUGCCGUAUCUUGGGCGAUACACUCCUGGCGGUAUAUGAUCCUGGCUUUGCACGUGCCCUGCUUCCUUAUCAUCUCCUACUACUGGUUCUUGGGGGAGAGCGUGCGAUGGCUGCUGUCCAAACAGAAGUACACAGAAGCAAGGGCUGCAUUAGAAGAAGUGGCGAAAGUCAAUAGAACAAAUAUUUGUGAAAAGUCGAUGGAAGCAUUAUUGACUCCACCAUCAGCUCAGGGAAGUCCUACUUCGGAUGGCCCAGGGUUGAUCGGGUACAUUUUCAGCUCUCGUGUACUCUUGCGUCGCGUAUGCACCACUCCUAUCUGGUGGAUCACCACCACUCUGGUCUACUAUGGUCUCUCCAUCAACUCGACCAGUUUGUCUGGCUCUAUGUACCUCAACUUUAUUCUGACCUGCGCCAUCGAAAUCCCCGGCAACUUUGCUGCAGUUCUUAUCCUCGAUAGGGUCGGAAGAAAACCUACUUUGUCGGUAGGAUACUUCUUAAGUGCUGCAUGUAACAUCACUUUCGCCUUCCUUCCGAGUGACCUUAGCGUUUUGCGGCUCGUAAUAUAUCUUCUAGGCAAGUUCGGUAUUUCUGUGGUGAUGACAUCACUCUACGUAUAUACAUCAGAACUGUAUCCAACCGAGUUCCGACACAGUCUACUGGCCUUCUCCUCCAUGAUUGGCAGGAUAGGGUCUAUUUGUGCACCACUAACACCCGCAUUGAUGGUGUACUGGGCGGGUAUACCUUCAGUGAUGUUCGGAGCAAUGGGUCUACUAGCCGGUCUUCUGGUGCUGACGCAGCCGGAGACACUAGGCACCAAGUUGCCAGACACGCUAGCUGAGGCAGAGGCACUCGGGACACCGGAGUCCAAAUUGCCUAAAUAG